AUUGAACCUACCCAACCGUGCAACUGGCUAAAUCCAACAAUUCCCAACAGGACAAAGAAUCACGCGACCAUGAUAUGGCGACUUGCCUUCGUUCCUGGAAAUAUAACCCCGGGCAAUGCCAUCGGGUCGUUCCUAGGCUGCCCACCGAGGAAAAGUUAUUUCUGCUCAUUGCAUUUGGCGAAGAUUUAGCCUCCAAGGCCGCAUUCAAGUUGCAAUGGAGCGAGCAACUUGUCAAUAGGCUGCAGAGCUUCGAGAUCCAAGCGCUGCUCGGCAGCAUCGCCAGACUCCUGAAUUCUGGUGUAACGGCCCCCGCAGACUCUACAGGGAAUAUGUGCGUUUACAAGGGCUACAGACUCUGCCGCAAUACGUUCGCCACGGUCGAUCAAGGGCCCAAUCUACGUACAGGGGCUCUCCAAGCUUUCAGAGCAUUAAGAUUACCAAUCGCCACCUUCGAGGAUGUUGGCGCCGCAGGGGUGACUUUCGAAAUCGAAAAAGAUGUUAGUAAGAAACUUUCAGAUGAUAAUAUAAUCCCGUGUCUGGAUCUCGAACUAGACGUCCGCGGAGACUGCAGAAUCCUAUGGACCUAUUACCCAGUCUAUGACGGCACAGUCACAGACUUGGUCAAGGAUCAAAAGCACGAUUGCUUAUCGCCAAAGGCGCACGGUUACCAUUGGUACGGCGACUUGGUAACUUGCAUCUCGAGUGCUGAGGCCUACCUCAAAAGACAAGGAAUCACCCACCACUGCAUCAGGCUAGACAAUAUAUUUUGGAACUUUGUUAUGAGGAAGGGCGGGAGAAACAUUAGAAAAUUUGUUCUCGGGCCCGGGGAUUAUGGCUUGGCCGACGACCUUGCAUCUCGAGCCAGACAAGCGCCCAAGAAGGACAAACACAACUACCACUUUGCGCCCGAAGUGGCACUACACGGCAAGAUUGACCAGCGGUCCGAAAUGUUGUCGGUAGGUAUCUUGUUCGGCGAGGUGCUGGGUUACUGGUGCGCAGCCGAGUACGCGAACCUGACUACGAGCGACGUCAUAACCAAAUCCGGGAACCUCAACAGUAUGAAGUAUCGCGAGAACACUACGAUCAAAGACGGGCUGGGAAACAACACCCCGGGCUGGGAAACAACACCCCGGUAGAUCCGUGGUGGGACAUGGUGGAGUCCUUCAGACUGGACAAAAAUCGCCUCACGCCUCUCCACAGAACCAUGCCGCACAGCAAUCCCGAUCUUCAGCCCACGGCACCCGAGCUCCCCGUUCUAGUCCAGGGCAGCAUCAAGAAAGAGGAACCCGGGACCGUCUUUGAGGUCGAUCCGCCUCGAGAUCCAGCACCUGCCGGCACUCUUUUCAGGCCAAUUGUCACCAGCAAGAAGGCCGCCGCAGCUGUUGCAAGACCGGUGCUCUCUGACUCUACAAACCUGAACCUUGCGUAGCGCGGCCCCGCUGAGCCCGGCGCGGUGGGCGAGAAGCGCCAGAGGGCCAUGACCACCAGCGCUCCAGAGAGACCUGCUCCCAAACGUGUAGAUAUAGCCAUGACCACCAGCACUCCAGAGAGACCUGCUCCCAAACGUAUAGAUAUA